AUGUUGAGCAGUAGCUCGCGGUGGCGGCUAUGCUCAACAUGCAUUGGACCUUUGCUGCGCACGGCAGCUAGAACUCCUCCUCAUCGUCUCGCCCGCUUCCAGAGCUCAGCAACGACGAUACCCUCUGGAAAUAAUGGGCCAGAAUAUUUAUCGCCGAUUCUUCUGCAGCGCGCAAGGGCCGUAGCCACCGAGCACCAGCAACUGGCGGCCGCAAACGCGGAGAACUAUGAUGUCGCCGUUGCGAAGAGGAUCGGGGAGUUAGGUCCCGUCUCUGCGGCGUUGAAGGAGUGGGAUGAUGCACAGAAUUCUCUCAAAGAACUCAACGCUCUCCUACACGACCCGUCUUCCGACUCGGAGCUUCGCUCCCUCGCAGAAACCGACAUCCAGGCCACCACGGCAUCAUUGCAGUCACUCGCUUCGAAUCUCAAGCACUCCCUAAUCCCGCCGCACCCGUUCGCCUCGAUGCCGUGUCUGAUCGAAAUCCACCCCGGGGCAGGAGGCUCCGAGGCUUCGUUGUUCGCCCAGUCCUUAUUGAACAUGUAUACAGACUUUUGCGCGCGGAAGAGAUGGCCCACGACGCUGGCGAGCUACAGUGCGGACGACUCAACCCACGAGGCCGGACUGACCGAUGCAUUGCUGGAAAUCAACCAUCCGGGAUCCUACGACGUGUUGAGGACCGAGGCCGGGGUUCAUCGCGUGCAGCGCGUGCCCGCAACCGAAAAAAAGGGCCGCACGCACACCAGCGCUGUCUCGAUACUCGUGCUCCCCAAUCUACCAGACUCGCCCUCCUCUACCGAAGGUCUCGACUACGACGACCCGAAUUCAGACUACUACAUCUCCCCCGCAGACGUGAAAUCCGAAACAAUGCGCGCCCGCGGCGCCGGUGGGCAGCACGUCAACAAGACCGACUCGGCCGUACGGCUCACCCACCUCCCCACGGGGACCGUGGUGGCGAUGCAAGAAUCGCGCUCUCAACACAAGAACCGCGAAAAGGCGUGGACGCUGCUCCGCGCGAAACUGGCCCAGAUGCGCCGCGAACAGCGCGAGGCCGAGGUCAUCGCAUUCCGCCGCGCGGCCAUGGGCGGCGUCGCCCGCACGGGUCGCGAGGAUAAGAUCCGCACGUACAAUUUCUCGCAGAACCGCGUCACGGAUCAUAGGUGUGGUGUGGAGAGUAGUGACCUUGACGGUGUCCUGGCGGGGGCUCAGAGUCUCGAGGAUGUCAUGGGCAGUGUACGCGAGUGGAUGGAUGAGGAGGAAGUCAGGGGUCUGGUGGCUGAGGAGGAGAUGAAGAUGAAGACGAAGGCCAAUCAAGGUCAUAGUAAUGGCAAUGGGAACGGGAAGAAAUGA